AUGUGGCCCCUAAUUCAGGAGUUUGGCUUCAGAGUAUUGCUGCUGGUUGAUAGCAUCCAGCCUGUAGUGAGGGCAUGGCUGUGGGGAAGGGUUGAUGUGAUGGAUGCCCACUCUGGCCCAGGUACACACUGACCUCUUGGCACAGAGAGGCAAAGCCUGGCUGCAAAUCAAAGAGGGGAGGGUAAAGAAGACUUAUCUUUAGAGUGACUAAAGACAGAACUAUUCCCCUCGCCCUUCCGCUAUAAAUAAUGUAGGCUGGUUGUUUAUUUUCACAACAUUUCACACCUUUUAGUAACGUGCAGAUCUGUUGGGUUAACUACAAGAUACUUCAGGAGAGUUAUCUGUCAAGUGUUGUGCAAAACUGUAUUGUCAGGGCCUAAGAUUUUGAGUAAAAUAUGAUUUCCUCAGGGUUAGAAAUCUAGUUUUGUGAAAUGUGUCAUUUUACUUUUAGCUUCAUUGACUCUCACACUCCACUGAGCCACUGGAAUCUGGCUUGAGCAACAGGAAGGGACUUGCAAUAGGUGUUCAUCGUCCUGCUAUGCAGUUGAGAGCAGUUAAUUAUCAACUGUUCAUUUCCCAUUUCCCUUCCACUCAUUUCCUCUCAAUCCAAAUCUUGAUUCCAAUUGGAAUUAUUUAUUAAUUUUUUAUGCAAAAGAGCUGAGCGAUAUCAACAUUGUAGGCAAAAAAAAUGCUAACUUUUCCUCCAUAUUUCUCUUCUUCACAUCAGCCUAAAGACUCCUCCGUCUAUUCCAAUAUGGCUGUCAGCUUGUCAGCUCUGUGGUUUCAGGGUUGUUAAAAAUGAAGAAUGGAAUGUGACCAGGCCAGAUGGCCUAGAUAACACCAGGGUCAAAAGGGGCUGCUUAAAGAAAGUCCAUUGUGUUAGUCAGAGCAUAGUGGCUAUAUUCUACACACAUGAUGUCAUUGUUAUGGGGUCUGCAAGUCAUCCUAAACAAGUACUGUAGCUGACAUGCUACUCACAAAAUGUCCAGUGUAAUAUUUGACGAGAUGGUUGCAAGAGAUUAUUGCACAAGAGUUGAUGUGGUCAGUUUUUUUGCGCUGUAGAAUGUAGGUAGAGGUUGAACUCUCUUGUCAAUUGACACUGCAGUAGAUUUAACCUGAAAUGGCCCCAGGGCCAGGGAAAUUACAACAUGAUGAAUAUUUGCCAAGCAAUUCAUCUUAUUAGUUCUAGAUAUUUAAAAAACAGAUUCUUUACAACUCUCUAAUUCUAAGUUUGGGUUUUCAGCUGAAGUAUCUGAUAGUUUUAGGAGAAGCCCUGACAUUUUUGUAGCUGGCUCACAGCAGUAGUGCUGUUACAAUUAUCAGGUCUGUAUAUCUGUGAGUCUUGCACACACAAAACAGAAGACAACAAUGCAAUGCUUUAUUUAUUGGUUGGAUUGACUCUGUACUUCAAAUACACAGGGUAUACCAAACAUUAGGAACACCCCCCAACCCCCUUUUGCCCAAUUCGUCGGGGCAUAGACUCUACAAGGUGUCGAAAGCGUUCCACAGGGAUGCUGGCUCAUGAUGACUCCAAUGCUUCCCACAGUUGUGUCAAGUUGGAUGAAUGUCCUUUGGGUGGUGGACCAUUCUUGAUACACACGGGAAACUGUUGAGCGUGAAAAAUACAGCAGCGUUGCAUUUUUUGACACAAACCGGUGCACCUGGCACCUAUUACCAUACCCCGUUUAAAAGCACUUCAAUCUUUUGUCUUGCACAUUCACCCUCUGAAUGGCACACAUACACAAUCCAUGUCUCAAUUGUCUCCUCCUCCCCUUCAUCUACACUGAUUGAAGUGGAUUUAACAGGUGACAUCAAUAAAGGAUCUUGUUGUUCAACAUGCUGAACUGAUGAUGACAACGGAAACACAUGAUUGACAUAUCACCUGUAUCCACCUGGUCAGUCUAUGUCAUGGAAAGGUCAGGUGUUCUUAAUAUUUUGUAUACUCAGUGUAAAUGAAGAGUCGUGAUGAGCUUCAGAGGACAUACAAUUCCAUUGCCAAUGACAAUACAGAGCCAGCUAACAGACAACUGGACUGUAAAAGCAUAUGACUAACGAACAUACAAGCCCCUGAAGACAGCUCCAUAUCAGAAGGACCUAAGUUUAGUUCAGUUAAGGACAGUCUCCAAUAAGACAAUCAAGUGUUGUGAUUCAAUAUCAAUAUCAUAUCACACCCUUUAUAAUUGACAGACAGGUGGUCUUUCAAAUGAAUGUGACUGUGUAGUCAAAGUUAGUUAGUUCAGUUGCACUUAAAGUGAACCAUGACACUAUAAAAGCCUUGGCACAUUCAAUAAAGAUCUGUUUAUAGGGAGGCAGUUAUGUUGGCCCUUUCUUCUUCUGUGGUUUAUUUCCACAGGAUGUAGCUGUAGUGAAUGAAGCAGGAUGACUGGACUAGCACAGUUGGGAUCCUGCUGUAAUGCAUCACUAUCAUCUGGCUCACCUGACUCACUCUGCUUGUUGUUCAACAUGCUGAACUGAUGAUGACAACGGAAACACAUGAUUGACAUAUCACCUGAUUGUUUAUCUAACAGAGAGUGGUGUUCAUAUGGACUCACUGGUUGCUCUCAUACAUUUACAUGCAGAGCCAGUGUUAAAUCUACAACACACAUUUGCAUAAUAUGUUUCUGUCUAAAGUACCACACAAAUGUCAUAAAAAAUUAUAUUUAGUCCUCAACCACAACAACAAUUGUCCCUUUUCGCCCCUAUUUGUUGUGGAGGUCUGUUUUACAGUGUGCAGCAGCAACCUGUUCCCUGCGAUCUGGCCCCUGUCCAGACUCCUCCUCCCUAACCCUGUGUAUCUGCCAGCCAGCACUAACAAAGGUAACCAUUGUUCCAAGGCACACUUGUAAAUACCUUGUCUGUCUCCGUAUUCUGACCAAUCACACACAGACACAGCCGGGUCCUUGACUUCUAGCUUGCGUCUCAAAUGGCAGCCUAUUCCCUACAUAGUUCACUACUUUUGACCAGCACCCUAUGAGCCCUGGUGCACUCUAUAGGGAAUAGGGAUACAUUUGGGAAGUAUUCCUACACUCACACAGCCAUUUGUAUUUUCUUACUCACUGACUCUCCACAACAUCAUCCCCUGACUGAAACCUCCUGGUUACCCCCGGUUACCCCUCACUACACCUGACACAAUAAAAUGUUUGGUUUAAUUAAUGUUGACCUUUCACCUUGUAGACUGUAGGGUUUUAAGCCUGAUUGAUCAAAAGACAUGUUUAUAGCAGACAUGCAUUUAUGACAACAGAACUGCUUCCUCACAAUUCAAUAACUUUGAGUGAUGGGCAUUAGGCUUUGAGUUUAUUAAGUACAUUGCAAGAGAUUGCACCAGGCCUUGUGCAUUGCUUUUCAUAAAAAUGGGAAGUGUCUGUACCUAAUCAGAUGAGCCUAACUUGUAUACCUGUGUGUUGUUACUGUAUAACUAGAUGUUUUUCUUACAUAAAUCAAGACCAUGCAUUUGGCAGCGUAUGACCCUUUCCCUCAUAGGCCAACCCUCUCUCUCUCUCUCUCUCUCUCUCUCUCUCUCUCUCUCUCUCUCUCUCUCUCUCUCUCUCUCUCUCUCUCUCUCUCUCUCGUUAAUCAGUAAGGAAAACAGAGGGCUGCUUUUACUCUGGAUAGGCCAACUUUCCUGGUAUCUGAUCCACACAAACAAAAGAGGAAGGAAGAGAAACUGGCUUAUCAGAAACCUGACCAAAUAUGGAGAGAGGCGAAACUAUCUCUGAAGUGCAAUGAGAUAUGCGAUGAGGGAGGAGUUGCAUAUGCGGCCUUGCGCAAACGGUUGGUGCAUAUGUUUCGGUGGCCCUGUGAUUUAAAUAAUUGUAACAUACUGUACAUUUAGUAUGCCUAUCAACUCUUCUGGAAUAAGAUAAUUCAGCAAACCAUUUUACCUCUAAGGUCCACUACCUCACACAUUACUUUGUGGCUACAGGGUAAUGAGUUUCUCCUAUAGGCCCUCUUUAGUGAACUAGUGAGAGAGAGAAAUGUGCACUAAAGUAUGGCCACACCCUUGGCCCAAGAGGAAACCAAGGUUACAUUGAAAUGCAAAUGAGCUAGUCCGUGAUGUCAUAAUUGAUCCAGAAUUCUAGGGAGAGUGGGCCAUCCCACUGGGCACAGAUGUUAAUUCAAUGUCUAUUCCAUGUUGGUUCAACGUCAUUUCAUUGAAACAAUGUUUAUUCAACCAGUGUGUGCCCAGUUGAGCAUUGUGCCAGUAAGCGAAAGGUCGCUGGUUCUAAUCCCCGAGCCAACUAGGUGAAAAAUCUGUCGGUGUGCCCUUGAGCAAGGCACUUAACCCUAAUUGCUCCUGUAAGUUGCUCUGGAUAAGAACGUCUGCUAAAUGACUAAAAAAAUUUUUAAAAAUGUAUUUAAAGCGGAAAUCAGCAGUUGAAACAAUAACAAAGCAUCCUCCCGGCCCUUUUCGAUAAAAAGCUGAGGGAUGGGCUUGGAGAAAUGUAUCAAAUAAAAAAGAAAUAUCAGCAACUCUGGUAUGCUCCCAUGAUGAUUUAAUCAGACACACACAAAAAGACACCGUUUCGAUCUGAGUUGGAUCUUCGUCAGGUCAUAGACAAAUUAAUAGACAGAGCUAUGGAUGCAAGGACUGACCAUCCAUGAUAUCAGAAAUAGUUUUAACCAUAUUUUGAGGCUAUAUAGUGUUUGUUUACGUUUACUUUGUUUACAAACAUUGUAGUACAACAAGCUUAUAUUUGGGGUUCUGGUGGGGUAUGACAGCUGAACUAAGCUCAUGAGGCAUUUAUAAGUUAUAUUCUUCAAGUAUCAAUGGGUACAUAUAAUUAAUUUAUAAUUCCAAAAACGUAUGUAGCAACUGCAGAUUAACCCUUUAAAGGCUGACUCUUUAAAGCCUUUGUAAUAUUACAAAAUAACAGCCUGUCAUGGGAGAAAGAGGAUAGGAUGUUACUUGACAAUAGAGAAACCAAGGUGUGUCUCUUGAAAGAUGGACUCUGCUGGUUAUAGACUACAGCCAAUAAAGACACAGCAUAUGUUUAUACUGUACAUGCUAAAUACUAAAGUAACAAGGGUCCUUAAGUCAUGGGUUAGAUGUGCAUUUUUACUUGGCACAAUAUCAUAAAAAUAUAUGAAGCAUUCAGAUCGACAUCAGACAGAUAAACCUGUAAGAGAUAAGAAUGUUUUGUCAAAAAAUGUUUCCGUGAUUGCAAUGUUCUCUUUUGGCUGCCUCUAGUGUUUGACACGCAUCAUAUCUACUGUUACUACUUCAGUGGAGGCUGCUGAGGGGAGGAUGGCUCACAAUAAUGGCUGGAACGGAGCGAAUGGAAUGGCAUCAAACACAUGGAAACUGUGUUUGUUGUAUUUGAAACCAUUCCACCAUUGCGCCAUUACCACGAGCCUGUCCUCCCCAAUUAAGGUGCCACCAACCUCCUGGGAUUCACCUGUAGGGGCAGUUAGACUAGUUCAACAGGCUGCAGUUUAAAUAUAUAGAAUAACUUCUGUCCUGAUCUCCAACUGCUCUUUGUCAAAACACCUGUGGCAGGCAGUUCAAACAGUGACAGAUACCGCUGUUUGUUUUGGGUCACAAAAGGUAGAAAAAUACAUUUGAAAUGUAUCCUGUCCUGUUCGUGGUGGGAGCAGGUUUGUUUGUUCAGUGGGUGGACUCCAGCCCCUUCAAAACCUGAUCUUCUACUAAAUGUGCAUUUGUGUCUAUUUAGCUGCAUGUUAUGUAGGGCCUAUGACAUCUAUAACUCUGUUCACAGUUCCAGUUGAGUUUGAGAGUGAAAAUGGGAAAGACUAUUUAUAUUUGCCGUACAGCAGUCUCUGAUCAGCACACAAAACUUCCGAGCUAAUAAAAAACAAUGAUUAACUGAUCCAGCCUGCAGUGUAGUUUAUUCACUAUCAAGUCAAAUACAGUUCAAAUAAAAUAGAAUCAGACCAAACACUGAAACCAAAAAGAGAUUUUUUUGCAGCAGCAGUUGGUGCCUCCCUGUGUUCUACAAUUCAUUCAUUCUCCCUGCCUCAGCCUAUCCCCUGUUUUCUAUCUUCUUUCAUCCCGCCCCCUCGCUCUCUCCCCCUCCCUUUAAGUCUCCUACAGCCUUUGCUCGACCUGUUUAUCUGAACUGGGCUGAGCUCUACAUACUCUCAGGGAGCACAGGGGGAGAGCCUGCUUUCAAUCAAUAACCUCUGGAAUUCAGAAAUACAAGUAGGUCCUGUCUCUGGCAGGCUCUGCCACACUCUUGUGGACGGCGGACUCCCUAGUGCACUGGUUAGAUCCCUCUGUGGAUUCCUCUCUCUGUCUGCCUCUCUCUCUCUCUCUCUCUCACAUAUACACUCUCUCUCUCUCUCACUCUCUCUCUCUCUCCCUCUCUCUCUUUCUCUCUCUCUCUCUCUCGCUCUCUCUCUACAGGUCUGAGGAGUGUUUGUGUAGUGUAGUGAGUAGUGACGAUGGCUGAUCCCAUGUCUUCGGAUUACUUCAGCUGCCCACUGUGUGUGGGGCUGCUGAGGGACCCCGUGGCUAUCCCCUGCGGACACAGUUUCUGCAUGGACUGCAUCAGCGGCUACUGGAAUGAGGCAGACUACACAGGGAUCUACAUCUGCCCCCAGUGUAAGAUCACCUUCACCCAGAGGCCUGUGCUCAGGCCCAACACUAUGCUCACCAAGGUGGCAGAGAAGAUCAAGAAGACUGGUGCCAACCUCAACCUGAACCUCACGCCCCCGGGGAACACCUUUGCCGGGCCUGCCGACGUGCCCUGUGACUACUGCUCUGGGAAGAAGCUUAAGGCUGUUAAGUCCUGCCUGAACUGCCUGGCCUCAUACUGUGAGAAGCACCUGAAGCCUCACUACGAGUCGGCCACAUUCAAAAGGCACAAGCUGGUGGACGAGCUGGGGAACCUGGACAGAAAGAUCUGCCCCCAGCACCAGAAGUCCCUGGAGCUGUUUUGCCGGACCGACCAGAUGUGUAUCUGUGCCAUCUGUACUGUCAGUGAACACAAGGGACAUGACAUCGUCUCAGCCGAGGCAGAGAGAAGUGAGAAACAGGUAAGGAGUGGAGACAUGUUUCGUUCUAUCUGAGUGUCAGGCUUAACUGUGAGUUUUAUGGGAGUAGCCCAGACCUUGACUUGUAGAUUUACAAUGUUUCACAGAAUGAUUUGUUAUUUUGAAAUCAAAAUAUGAAUCAUUGAAACUGAAAUCAAAAGUGUGAUGUGAGGACACCUGGCAUACUUUACAUACAAUGUAAAGAACUUGUUCAGUUGGUCAUAUGGCAGAAACCAGUACAAUGAUAGCAUACAUCCCAAAGGUACAAGGCACAGUCACUUUAACUGUGUGUUCUAGAACUGACUCAAAGGUAAACUGACUAAUGGUUUAUUCACCAACACUUCCUUCCCUCCUAAAGAACCACAUUUCUCUCAGUGAGCUAACAGAACUAGGUAGUUAGUCAGAGGGGAGAUACGGGACAGGGAUGUGAGUGAGGGGCCAGUGGAUUGUGGUGGUGCAUGUUGAUGAUCCAGGAAUGUGGGUUUAGGCAGACGUGUAGUAUUUGCAACCCCCACCCUCACUCCUCCACCCACCGCCACCACCCCUGCAACGUUUGUACUUUGACCCAGCUAGCUCACCAACCAGCCAGCGUUACCACCCACUCCUACAGGGCAGGCACACUCACACUCACACAGCCAAAACAAGUACAACUCUCUGAUUAGCUGUAAGGUUGAUAGAGGAAUGUGUUCUUAAUCUGUGGUAAAAACUCCUUUAAGGCUUGUGGUGUUCCAGCUGUGCUUGCUGGUGGGAUGAGAUACACAAUGUUCCCGAUCCGAUCAUCAUGUUCCCGGCUUCCAAACAGGGGUCUCAAGUCCCGGGAAGACCCAAAUACACCAAAGGCAGACCCAGGGUUUCUAGCCUAGAGUAUUUGGGGCUAUAUUAUUACAGAAACUAGAGAUUGAACUUUGAAACCCACCUGUGGGAAGGGGCUGGGUUUAGGCCUGGUAGUGGGAGUGGGGAUGGUGGAGGUGGUGAUAAUGGAAUGCAGUUGUACCAGAAUGCAGACUGAGUCAAGGCCUUGUCUAACCACAUGUCCUGUUUAUGAUGAACAAACCAUUGACCUGACCAUGACCAGCCACUGCAUCCAAAUCGGUCUCCAUUCGAAUGGACUGCCAGAAUUGUGGGUCUAAAAGCUACAGUUUUUAAUACAUUUAUAUCAAAGACAUUUAUAUGACAUCAUCGUAAUACUGUGAAGCAAAGCUUUUUACAAACGCUGUAAUUCAGCCUUUCUGUUGUUGCUAAAUGGGGAGACUGGUUCCUCUCAUCCCCAGAUUUACAACCUGACUCUCCUCUCCCAUGGCUUCACUCCUUCUGUUUCACGCUCCCCUCCCUCACUCCCUCCCUCUCUUCCCCCAAUCCCCUCUCCCCAGAUUCCCCACAUUCCUUGAGCUUAUCUUGAAGAAUGGGUCGGUAGGUUUUGAGUAAAGGCUGAAUUAGAAGCUCUUUCUCUCUCUCCUCUCUAUACUGUAUAGGCCAGUAUGUGUGCACCUUGAAACAUCUCUUUAGAAGUCAGGCAUACAGCGGUAGUUUCACAUUCCUGGCAUGGUCAGGAUUCCAUUAGGCUAUUUUUUCCCCUCCUUCUGAGAUAAAGCCGCCCAUACUAAGUAGAUCUUUAGAGCUAUGCUUGUUAUGGGAAAAAAAGCACUAUUACUCUCAUAGUAUAAUCGCAUCGUUGUCACAUAAGAUACUACGUUUUUUUACUUAAUAAAGAGAGACAAAAAACGACUUAUUAACUAAUAACAGUAUGAGAAAUAAGAUCUUAAUUGUAGAGUACAACAUAAAAGCAUGCAGUACACUGUCACUGUUUACCACAAAUAAACCAUUCAGUGACAUUACAUAAUCAAGCCCAAGUUGGAAGGGAUAGCAAAUCUAAUGAUACUAAUCGUGAACUGAAUUACAUGCAAGGCCAUUAAAUACUCACUCACAGGAGGCUGCUGAAUGGAGGAUGGCUCAAAGUAAUGUCUGGAAUGGAGUAAAUGGAAUGGUAUCCAACACAUGAAAAACGUGUUUGAUGUGUUCGAUACCAUUCCAUUGAUUCCGUUCCAGCCAUUACUAUGAGCCCGUCCUCCCCAAUUAAGGUGCCACCAGUGACUCACUUGUAAGAGGUAUUGUGUUGAUGAUUCUGUGGUGUCACCUCAACAGAAACUCCUGGGAGUUGCUCAAGCUGAGAUCAGACAGAAAUGUCAGGAUAGGGUGAAGGAGCUGGAGGAACUGAGGACAGCAGUGGACUCAUUAAAGGUAAGGAGAAAAUGUAUUGAAAACAUUGUCUGAUGAAACACUUCUAUUUCAUACACUAACUCAUAACUGCUAUGUCAUGUUCAAUUUUUAAAAACACGUUAGAAAUCAUUUUCUUGUUAAACUACAUUCCUGAUUCCCAAUUAAAGCAGAGAAAUGUAAAUCAACCUCAUGUGUGAUGGCCUCUUGCAAUGAUGACUGUGUCUUCUCUAGAAAUGUACAUCUAGCUCAUGUGUGUACGCCUCUUGACCUAUGAACUGCGUUGUCCUGUCCAGAACUCAGCCCAGAGGGCCAUGGCGGAGAGUGAGAAGAUGUUUGAGGACAUGAUCCGCUCCAUCGAGAGAAUGAGGUCAGAGGUGACCAAGCUGAUUGGCAUCAACGAGAAGGCUGCGUUCAACCAGGCCGAGGGGCUGGUGGAGAGGCUGGAGCAGGAGAUAGACGAGCUGAAGAAGAAGGAGACGGGACUCAAACAGCUGUACAGCACGGAGGACCACAUCCACUUCCUACAGGUGAGACAGAGGACUACAUACAUUUACAUACUGUACAUACUGUAUGUUCUGGACAUUCUGCAGUCCAUACUGUACAUUCACUUGUUAUGGUGGUCAGGGGGAUAUCCACCAAAAUUGUAAAGUGCAAGAAAAUUCUAUCUGUAAAAGGUUCAAUAUUGCAAUUUGUGUUUGGUCCAUCCUUUAGAAAAGGACUAUGAUAUUAAGCAGCAAUCAAAGUCAUGGAUCUCAACAAUAUGUUCCUCUGCUGCUUGUUCAUUAUUAGUCCUUGAACAUGCUUAUUUGAGGACACUCAUGAUUAUCUUUCUUUUUCUGCAGAACUUCAACUAUCUGUGUACUCCCACGGAUGAUGGCUUUAUCCCCAGAGUGUCGGUGAACCCAGACUUCUCGUUCGGAGCAGCCAGGAAAGCUGUGGCUGAGAUCAAGGAUCGUCUGGAGGAGCUGGGUAGAGAGGAACUCGUGAAGAUCUCCAAGUCAGGUCAAAACAACAUACCUAGCCUCCAUUUCCAGUCUUUCACAUGUCAUAUUUCAGAAGCAAUUGUCUGACCUGUGAGACUAGAACACAUACAACCAGUGUCUAACUGACCACCUUAUACACAGUAUAUCUGAAAUUCUGUUAACAGUAGCCAAGACACUCAAUGUUUUGUUGAUUACCUUUUCUAUUGCCUCCCACAGUGAACGAGGUCCCUGUUUAUACGACAGAAAAGAGAGAGAGAAGCAGCAGAGGUGAAUCUUGUGAUCAGUGUAUCUAUGAUGUUUGUUCAUUGUGUAAAGUUAGAUAACACACUAGCAAAUUAAAACAUUUAAAUGGUUUGGGAGGUGAAGGCCUAUGAAGACGUUCAAUGCUGUGGCUUUGAAUAGACAAUGAGACAUUGUCUUCUAUUUUCACCUUCUAGUCAAAGAAGUAAUGACAGUGGAUAGCCCUCCUCCACCAGAGCCCAAGACCAGAUCAGAGUUUCUGAAAUGUAAGUACAUAUCUGUUCAAUUAGCACCUACUCUCAAACCUGGUCCCAGAUCUGUUUGUGCUGUCUUGCCAACUCCUAUAGUCAAUGUUUGGCAUGACAGUACAAACCAGAUCUGGGACCAGGCCUAUUAUCUCUUCAUAAACCUGUUUUGACUCAUAAACCUGCAUCACACCCAUUUGACUUCCAUCCCUCCCUCAGACUUCUGCCAGCUGAGACUGGACCCCAGCACAGCCUACAAGGAGCUACACCUGUCGGACAGCAGCAGAAAGGUGAUCCGAACCAGGGACCUCCAGCCCUACUCGGACACCCCGGAGAGGUUUGACAGCUUCGCCCAAGUGCUGUGUCGCGAGGCCCUGUCCGGUGGCCGCUUCUACUGGGAGAUCGAGUGGAGCGGGGAGUUCUCCAUGGGGGUGGCCUAUAAGGGAAUCAGCCGCAAGGGGAAAGGAUCACUGUGUCUGCUGGGCUAUAAUGAUAAGUCCUGGAGCCUGCUGUGUUCUGAUACAGGGUACUCAGCUUGGCACAACAGGGUGGAUAAAGCCAUCAAUGCGCCCCAUUCACCGAGGAUAGGGGUCUACCUAGACCACUCGGCAGGGGUCCUGGCCUUCUUCAGUAUAGGCAACCAUAUGACUCUCCUGCACAGGUUCGAAACCAUGUUUGUGGAGCCCCUCUAUCCUGGCUUUGGAGUUGGAACCUCGGUCAAGAUCUGUCAACUCAAAUGAACACUAACAUGUGCCUCUUAUUCCUUGACGAAAAAGAACGUUUCGGUUUAUUUUCCACAUGGUGCCCUAUGAAUCAUUUGUAGUUUGUUUUGUUUUUAUUUGAGACUGACUGUGCCACAUUGCUCCGUCAAAGACUUCUAUUUUAUGCAUUUUCUAAACAUUUGGAUGAGCAGAGGUCCUAAUAAUUACAUUGUAUGUAAACAUAUAACCUUAACCUUUAUCCGACAUCAAGUAUUCUUUAUCUAAUGGUAUUUUAGAAAAACUAGUAUCUACAUGGCCAACUAAAUGUUUGUACUGUAUGUAACAGUUAGCUUUUUAUGACUAGAAUAACUAUUUUCAAUAAAGAUGAAAUUACUACUCAUAUGUACUUUUGUAUGUGUGUGCGUAUUACACACACAUACAAAAGUAUGUGGACACCC